GCUCGGUGCCGGGGACUGAGAGAGGGCGGCGGUGACUGGCGGGCGAUGGCGCGCACGAAGCAGACGGCGCGUAAGUCGACGGGCGGGAAGGCGCCCCGCAAGCAGCUGGCCACCAAGGCGGCCCGCAAGAGCGCGCCGGCCACGGGCGGCGUGAAGAAGCCGCACCGCUACCGGCCCGGCACGGUGGCGCUGCGCGAGAUCCGCCGCUACCAGAAGUCGACGGAGCUGCUGAUCCGCAAGCUGCCCUUCCAGCGGCUGGUGCGCGAGAUCGCGCAGGACUUCAAGACCGACCUGCGCUUCCAGAGCUCGGCCGUGAUGGCGCUGCAGGAGGCGAGCGAGGCCUACCUGGUGGGGCUCUUCGAGGACACCAACCUGUGCGCCAUCCACGCCAAGCGCGUCACCAUCAUGCCCAAGGACAUCCAGCUCGCCCGCCGCAUCCGCGGGGAGCGCGCCUGAGGCUCCUGCCCAGCCCUUCCCCCCUCUUCUGCUCUGGCAGAGGAGGCUGCACUCAGACCCAAAGGCUCUUUUAAGAGCCACUCCAUCCUCAGAAAAGGCUGUUAUUACUUACGUU